UAUCCCCCACACCAAAAAAAAUAUUAAUUAAUUAAAAAGGAAGGAAAAGAAAGAAAAGACGGGCCACAUUGUUCUCCGCCUCUUUCUUUUCAAAGAAUCCCCGAAGGGAAAACUCAGUUCAAAAAACCCAGAAGAGAAAAGCAAAGAAGUAGGCCUUUUUUAGGGGGGAGAGAUUUCUAUCAUUUGCUCGAAUUAUGGGAUCUGCUUCGAUUGACCCUGUUCUUUUGGAUGAUAUAAUAUGUCGUUUAUUGGAGUUUAAGCAAGCGAGGCCCGGGAAGCAAGUGCAGCUAAUGGAAGGUGAGAUCCGUCAGCUUUGCACCGUUGCAAGAGAAAUCUUUCUUCAACAGCCUAAUCUUCUUGAACUUGAAGCUCCCAUCAAGAUCUGUGGGGACAUUCAUGGGCAGUAUGCUGAUCUUCUGCGGCUUUUUGAAUAUGGGGGUUUUCCUCCUAAAGCUAAUUAUUUAUUCCUUGGGGACUAUGUUGAUCGUGGCAAGCAGAGUCUAGAAACAAUAUGCCUUUUGCUAGCCUAUAAGAUUAAAUAUCCUGAGAACUUCUUUCUUUUGAGAGGGAAUCAUGAAUGUGCUUCUAUUAAUCGGAUUUAUGGAUUUUAUGAUGAAUGCAAACGAAGGUUCAAUGUGAGACUUUGGAAAACCUUUACUGAUUGUUUUAACUGUCUUCCAGUGGCUGCUUUAAUAGAUGACAAAAUAUUGUGCAUGCAUGGUGGCCUUUCUCCUGAUCUAACAAAUUUGGAUCAAAUUAGGAGUAUAACCCGACCAACUGAUGUUCCCGAUUCUGGUUUGCUUUGUGAUUUACUUUGGUCAGAUCCUGGUAGGGAUAUCAAAGGCUGGGGCAUGAAUGAUCGAGGAGUCUCAUUCACCUAUGGCCCAGAUAGAGUCUCUGACUUCUUAAUGAAAAAUGACAUGGACCUUGUUUGCCGUGCCCAUCAGGUUGUUGAAGAUGGAUAUGAAUUUUUCGCUGACAGACAGCUUGUUACUAUAUUUUCUGCUCCCAACUAUUGUGGUGAAUUUGACAAUGCUGGUGCAAUGAUGAGUGUCGAUGAAAGCCUAAUGUGUUCAUUCCAAAUUCUUAAGCCUGCAGAUAAAAGGUCCAGGUUCAUUUGAGGGACACGAUGAUUGCUGUCUCUGUUCCUACGAAGAAUUGCUGAUUCCCACUUGUGAUUUAAGAAGAAACCACUUGAAAGAUUAGGUCGUGUUGGUGUUGGAGCUCCAUGAAGAUCUGACCAUUUACUCCCUCAUGUUAAGGGUACGGGUUAUCUGUUUAAAACUAUUUAUAACCAUAUUGAAUCAAAAGACAAGGCAUGAUUGACAUAUGGCCCCUUUGAUUUUUUAUUUUCCCUUCUUUUAUCAGACGUGAAAUCUAUUGCCAUCAACAUUCUAUAACAGCUAAAAUUUUGCUCUUU